AUGGCUGGCGUCGCUGAAAAGGCGAGAUUCUAUCUCGAACGCGCAGUGCCGCAAUUGCGAGAGUGGGAGGACAAGGAGAUUUUCUCAAAGGAUGAGAUCCGCACUAUUGUUCAGAAGCGAAACGAUUACGAGCACAGAGUACUCUCGCCCGGAAACAGGCCUUCUGAGUGGUCUUCAUACGCGCAAUGGGAGCAGUCUCUCGAGUCCCUCCGUACCAAACGUUGCAAGCGCCUUAAAAUCCGACACCUGAACUCUGCCCACGCCGGCCAGGGUCGCACACUUGCCAUCUACGAACGAGGUGUUAACCGACACCCAGGAAGCAGCGCGCUUUGGCGCGAAUACCUUUCAUACAUUUCAAGCGUCAAGGCAUCCAAGCGCUGGCGCAAGACUAUGACCAAUGCUCUGCGCAUGAUGCCCACCGACCCCGAGCUAUGGGCAAUGGCAGGUCGCAGAUCAGCCAAGAAUGGCGACAUGGCUGCUGCGCGUGGAUUCUUCAUGAGAGGGUGUCGAUUCUGCACCACCAACGAGCAGCUAUGGGUCGAAUAUGCACGAAGUGAGAUGGAGUGGCUCGAGAAGGUCGACAAGCGAAAGGCAGAGGCAAAGCCUGGCCAGGAUGUGCUCCGACCUGAUCGCGAGGAAGAGGGAGAUGAAAUGCGACUUAUUGACAGUGACGAUGAAGAGGAGGACGACGACCUUCCUGAACCAUCGAAUAUACAGGCCAAGGUUAUCGACAAGCAGUCGGCGCAGCAGCUGAAAUCCAACCCCGCCAUGGACGGUGCGCUUCCGAUUGCCAUUUUCGAUAUCUCAAAGAAGCAAAGUUUCUUUGGCGCCAACACUGCCGAGAAAUUCUUCAACCUCUUCUCGACUUUCACAAAGGUCCCGGCUCAGCCCAGAAUAUCCCAGCAUGUUCUUGCCGUCCUCGAUCAGGAGUACCCCAACCACCCAGCUACUUGCAAUGUUCACACUCGACAGCCAAUCAUGGGUGUCAACCCCCAGACCGCAGAAUUCCCCAAGAACCUCAGAGAGGUACUGGUACGCCUGAAUAAGUACUUGGAAACAACAACAGACCCUGCGGAAUUGAAGAAGAAGACGGUGGCAUGGAUAGAUGGAUACCUGGCAUUGGAUACUCUGGAUGAGGGUAUUCGGGCAGUCCUGGAGCAUACCAAGAAGAAGAUGGAAGCAAUCUAG